AUGGCAAUUGUAUCACGGCGUGCCGCUGUCGCGCUGCUGACCGCAGCACCAGCGCUGGGCGCUGCUUCGAGUGCUGGUGCAGUCCAGGGUUUGACCGCUGGCCGCGUGCCAGGCGUCUCUCCUGAGGCCGAUGACUCUGGAUUUUACACAUACAAGCGUCCAGAGGGCAAGUCAGGCGGCCAUGGUGUGGGGUGGACCGAGAUCCCGCGGUACAGCUUCAAGGUCCCAGAGGGCUGGGGGGAGACGCCCGUGUCCAUAGCAGACCUGGGGGGCACAGAGAUUGACCUGCGCUUUGCGGACAAGCAGGAGGGCAACCUGAUGGUGGUGGUGGCCCCCGUAGCCAGGUUCUCAGACAUCCCACCCAACGCCGACGUGCGCAUCAACGAGCUCGCGCCCCCCGGCCGUAUCUUGUCCGGGUUUGCGCCCGAGCUGUUUGGGUCGCCCCUUGACGAGGAGGACGUCCUGGAGGCGCGCGUGCUGGUCAAGGAGGGGCUGAGCUACUACGAGUGGGCCGUGCGGCCGCACAGGCUUGUGUCAGCGACAGCUGUGGGCAACCGGUUGCUGAUCCUUUCGGUGUCUGCACGGAAUGCACACGCGUGGCGCAAGCACGAGAACGUGCUGCGUACCAUUCAAAGCUCUUUUGCAGUUCCAAAGCCCGGCGAGGCGUAA